AUGGCUACCGAGUACGAUGUUGCCGUCGUCGGGCUUGGCGCGUUGGGAAGCGCUGCUGCUUACCAUGCCGCCCGGAAAGGUGCCAGAGUGAUUGGCUUUGAACAGUUUGAGCUCGGCCACGUUCGCGGCGCUUCGCACGAUACUUCACGCAUUAUUAGGACAUCAUACGAGGCACCGCAAUAUGUCGCUCUGGCAAAAUCUGCAUACAAAGACUGGGCUGUCCUGGAGGAAGCUGCAGGACAGAAAUUGACAAACAUUACGGGUGGCCUGGUGUUUUUGCCUGAGGGUGGCCCUCUUUCUGCAGAGUCGUUUUCCACGAGUUUGGACCAAAACGACAUUCCGUAUGAGCUGCUUUCCUCGGACGAAGUGAGUAAGAGAUGGCCCCAGUAUAGCAUCGCCAAUACUGUCAAGGUGGUCUACACUCCCGACUCCGGUAUAGUCCAUGCAGCCAAGGCUGUUAUGGCCAUGCAACACAUGGCCCGCGCACAUGGAGCGCAGCUCAAAGAGCUUACACCAGUCACAUCUAUUAAACCACAGGAAGGAAGUGUGACUAUCGAGACCCCAAGCGGCACGUUUUCUGCCAAGAAGAUCAUCCUUGCCACUGAUGCAUGGACCAACGAGCUGAUCGCCCCUCUGGGAGUCGAGAUCCCGCUCCAGAUCUCGCAAGAGCAGGUCACAUAUUUCAAGCCCGCUGACGUGUCUACCUUCGAGUCCAGUCGGUUUCCGGUUUGGAUAUGGCAUGCAGAUCCCUGCUUCUACGGAUUCCCCGUGUAUGGCGAGCCUACUUUCAAAGUCGGCCAGGACGGCGCCAUGAACCUGAUGACGCCUCAGAAGCGAACGUUCGUUCACUCCGCGAAGCUACUCCAUGACUUGUGCUCCUUUCUCGGAGGAUUUAUCCCUGAUGAGGCCCGGGAGCCUCUGCGCACAGUGACUUGCCAAUAUACCAUUACACCAGAUAGACAGUUCAUUCUGAGCGCUCUUGACAAGCAUCCUAAUGUUAUUGUCGGGCUUGGAGCAGCGCAUGCGUUCAAAUUUGCGCCGGCGAUUGGAAGAAAUCUAGCCGAGCUUGCAAUUGAUGGAAAGAGUACCGACGAUUUGUCCAAGUUUGGCCUGCCAAGUGGUGUCGGCAACGAAUAA